GAGACGUCGAGACUAUCAUUUCAUUACAGUCACGCUUUACGUCUCGGGACUCAGAUCACCAUUUUCCUCUCUCCCGCUCAAUCUUGUCUCUUUUUAUACGACGUUUUUAGCUCCCUCUCUCUCUCUCUGUCUCUUUUCGACGUUUUUGCUGAAAGAAAGUGUGAUUUGGUUUCUGUUUCUUUGUUCUCUCUGAGAUGGAGAAGCCUCUGCUGGGCGGUGAAAGCAGUGGAAUUAAAGGUCGCCGGAGAGAGCACUACAAACACGCUGAUGCUAUUGCUUAUGGUUCGGCUUAUCAAAAGGCUGCGGCUCUGGUUGAUCUGGCUGAAGAUGGUACUGGUCUACCGGAGGAAAUUCUUGAUCAAUCAAACUUCCAGAAUGCUGCAAAGUUAUACUUCAUAUUUAUUCGAUUUGAUUUCAUCUGGUCCCUCACUUACUUUGCAUUGAUAGUCCUAAAUUUCUUAGAGAAACCUUUGUGGUGUACAAACUAUUCUACAUAUUCUUGUGACGAUAGGGAGUACUUUUUUCUUGGGGAGUUGCCCUACUUAACUGGUUUAGAGUCUCUCAUCUACGAGGGCAUAACUCUCAUCUUGCUUGUGAUACAUACUUUCUUUCCAAUUUCAUACGAAGGGUACCAUCUCUAUUGCAGAAAUCCUCUUAAUUGGUUAAAGGUGACUUGCCUGUUAAUUUUGGUAGCUGAUAUACUGGUUUAUGCUCUCUAUUUGUCACCAGUGGCCUUUGAUUAUCUUCCUCUCAGAAUUGCACCAUAUAUCAGAGUUGUGCUUUUCAUGCUGAACUUUAGGGAAUUACGAGCGACCGUCUUCAUCCUAGCUGGAAUGCUUGGCACAUACUUAAAUGUCUUGGCUUUAGGGUUUUUGUUUCUUUUGUUUUCCAGUUGGGUAGCCUAUGUCAUGUUUGAAGAUACUGUACAGGGGAAAACAGUAUUUACUUCUUAUGGAACCACCCUGUAUCAGAUGUUUGUUCUGUUCACCACAUCCAACAAUCCAGAUGUUUGGAUUCCUGCGUACAAGGCUUCGCGAUGGUAUUGUCUGUUUUUUGUUCUCUAUGUGCUAUUGGGGGUCUACUUUGUCACCAACUUGAUUCUUGCUGUUGUAUAUGACAGCUUCAAAGGUCAGCUUGCCAAACAAGUUUCUAAGAUGGACUCUAUGAGGAGAAGAAUGUUGGAGAAAGCUUUUAAUCUCAUAGAUAAACAUAAUCGUGGAUUUAUUGAUAAAGAGCAAUGUAUUAAACUGUUUGAGGAACUGAAUGAAUACAGGACUUUGCCACCAAUAUCAAGAGAAGAAUUUGAGUUGAUAUUUGAUGAGCUGGAUGAUAGUCAUGACUUCAAGAUCAACUUGGAUGAAUUUGCUGACCUUUGCAAUGCCAUUGCUCUUAAGUUCCAGAAGGAGGAUUCUCCAUCUUGCUUUGAAAGAUUUCCUUCAUUCUACCAUUCACCCUUCUCCAAAAAGUUGAAAAGCUUUGUACGGAAUGCCAAAUUUGGAUACAUUGUAUCCUUCAUUCUUAUACUGAAUCUACUUACUGUUAUUGUUGAAACAACGCUUGACAUAGAAAAUAAUUCUGCUCAGAAGGUGUGGCAAGAGGUAGAGGUUGUUUUUGGUUGGAUAUAUGUACUGGAAAUGGCUCUAAAGGUCUAUUCAUUUGGAUUUAAGAAUUAUUGGAGUGAUGGCCAAAACCGCUUUGAUUUUCUGGUCACAUGGAUUAUAGUUAUUGUAGAGACCUUAACUUUGGUGAACCCUGAAGGACUAACUUUUCUUUCCAAUGGAGAAUGGAUUCGCUACCUUCUCCUUGCAAGAUUGUUAAGGUUAAUAAGGCUGCUGAUGUAUGUAAAGCGUUACCGUGCCUUCAUUGCCACUUUCAUAACCCUUAUACCAAGUUUGAUGCCAUACCUUGGGACCUUAUUUUGUGUCCUAUGUAUUUAUUGCUCUCUUGGCGUACAGAUCUUUGGUGGGAUUGUCAAUGCUGGAAAUGCCACUUUGGAAGGAACAGAUCUUGCUGAUGAUGACUAUUUACUUUUCAAUUUCAAUGACUACCCAAAUGGGAUGGUGACACUUUUCAAUUUGGUAGUCAUGGGAAACUGGCACAUAUGGAUGCAGAGCUACAAGGAAUUAACAGGAACUUGGUGGACCGUUGCUUAUUUUGUCAGCUUCUACUUGAUAACUGUGUUACUGCUUUUGAAUUUGAUUGUAGCUUUUGUCUUGGAGGCAUUCUUUGCUGAAAUGGAGCUCGAGUCAUCAGAAAAAUGUACAGAACAGGACAAGGAAGGGGAUAGCGGAAAGGACCAUCGACGAUCUGUUGGCACAAAAACACGGAGCCAGAGGGUCGAUGUUCUUCUUCAUCAUAUGUUGAGCGCAGAGCUCGAUAAACCGCAGUCCUCCAAUAUAUAACUUCGCUCCAUUCCAAUCUUGAGGAGAAAAUUGAAGGCAUUUCAAUUCCCCACUUGCUGUGGAUCUUUGGUGGAAAGGAGCCAUGCUGUUGCUUCAAUUAGGGAGUGGUUUAUGCAGACAUUUUCUCCACAACCUUGGUAUGAGAAAUACAUUGAGAUGCUCUUACUGUUUGGCAGGCUGCUUAAAUUCUGUGAGCAUACACAUUCUAUGAUCUCCAAAAGCCCUGCCUUUUCUUUUUUGUAAGUUUUUUGUGCUACCAACGCAGUUUUGCUUGGAAUUGUAUUUCUAUUACUAUAACCAAUUUUCAUAUUAUUGUAUAAUCCUAGGCUGUCCAUAUUUCUACAA